AUGGUUUAUAAGUUUGCUCAGGACAAUGACUUGGGGAUUUUUGUUAUCAUUGAAACUCGGGUGAAGGAGGUGAACUGUAAAAAAAUUGCAGAUGGAUGGAAAGGUUGGUAUAUGUUUGAAAAUUAUCAGUUUGCUGGAAAUGGUAGGUUGUGGUUAAUGGUGCGAGAGGAUUUGCAAGUUCAAAUACUAAGCAAGUCUGCUCAAUUUAUUCAUCUUCUGCUCAAUGUGCCUAAAGGAGUUGGCUGGAUUGCGGUAACCUUUGUCUAUGCUUCAAAUGAUAUGAUGGAGAGAAGGUUGUUAUGGCAUGAUCUGCAGGUCGUCGCCGGAAGCAUGAGUCACAGUUGGGUGUUGUUAGGAGAUUUCAAUGCUGUAAAGGAUAUAAAAGAGGUCAAAGCAGAUGGGAGGGAAAUUGCCAUGGAUCAAAGCAUGCGGGAUUUUGCGGACUUCAUGAAUUCAGCUGAACUCACUGAUCAUACCUCCAUUGGAUGCUACUAUACAUGGAGCAACAAAAGACAAGAGGCUAUGUUGAAAUUUGGUGAAAAGGAGAGUGCAGGCCCUAAGCCAUUCAAAUUUUUUCAUUUCUGGACUGAACAUCCAAAGUAUAUGGCACUGGUCAGGCGAGUCUGGACAGAGGCUCAGGAAGGUACUCCAAUGGAAGUGCUUUACAAAAAGCUGAGGAGCCUCAAGAUGCAUCUAAAGGACUUCAACAGAACUAAAUUUGGGAAUGUACAUACACGGAUAAACGAUUUGCAGUCUGAGCUCGCCCAGGUUCAAGCUACGUUGCUGGAUAGUGAUUGUAUGCCUCCUGAAUUGAUCAAAAAGGAGGUGGACUUGCGGUUAGAAGGAGUGCAGGAAAUUAAGGACGAAGCAAUAAAUUUCUAUCAAGGCCUCCUGGGGAAAAAGGAUGAUUGUAUUGGGGGGAUCUCGACAUCUCGGCUUUCUUCCAUACUCAAACGGAAGGUUCCUCACUCAAAACAUCAAAUGCUUAUGCUGCCUAUUACAGAUGAGGAGAUUAAAGCUGCCUUAUUCUCGAUGGGGAAUGACAAGUCACCAAGGCCUGACGGCUACACAGCAUAUUUCUUUAAACAUGCUUGGCAAAUUGUUCAGAAGGACUUCACUAAUGUUGUGCAACACUUCUUCUCCUCAGGAAAGCUUCGAAGAGAGGUAAAUUCAACGAUCAUAGCUCUUGUCCCAAAGAAGGAAAAAGCAAACUGCAUGAGAGAUUUCCGACCCAUUUCUUGUUGCAAUGUCGUCUACAAAUGUAUUUCAAAAGUGUUGGCAAAUAGACUGAAGGAAGUGCUCCCGGAUAUUAUCAGCUUAAACCAGACAGCAUUUGUGCAGGGUAGGAAAAUUUCAGAUAAUGUAUUACUUGCUCAUGAGCUUGUGAGGAAUUAUCACAGACAAGGAAUAUCCCCACGUUGUGCCAUAAAGAUAGAUCUUAUGAAGGCCUUCGACUCUUUAAGCUGGGAGUUCAUUCUCAAUAGUUUGGAAGCCUUGGAUUUCCCGCCCUGUUUUCUCUGGUGGAUUAAGGGAUGUAUCACCUCCCCUUAUUUCUCUGUGGCUAUCAACGGGACUCUAGCUGGUUACUUCCCUGGUAAGCGUGGAGUGAGACAAGGUGAUCCGAUAUCCCCAUAUCUAUUUGUCAUUGCCAUGGAGGUGUUCUCCCUCACCAUGGAUUUGGCUGCAGCUGAGGGUAAAGUCGGCUAUCAUCCAAGAUGUAAGUCACUCCGUCUAACCCAUCUCUGUUUUGCGGAUGACUUGCUCUUAUUCACUAAUGCUUCCAAGGACUCCCUCGUUGCUAUCCUUGAUGUAUUGAAUGCCUUCUAUCAUUGGUCUGGUCUGAUGUUGAACUCUGAAAAAUCUGAGAUUUUUACGGGAGGCAUUUCUGAGGAUUUUGUUUCUGACUUGGUGACUUGCUCUGGAUUUAAAAGAGGCUUACUACCGGUGAGAUACCUCGGCCUUCCUCUUGUUUCCGGGAAACUCUCUUCGAAGAAUUGUGAAGCUCUUACCGAGAGAAUCGUGGAAAGAAUCAAGAGUUGGACUGUGCACAGAAGUGUCGAUCCUUCCUCUGGAAAGGUCUCGAGCAAUAUGCAGGUGGGAGCAAGAUCAGUUGGGAAAUCAUUUGCCUCCCAAAAGCUGAGGGAGGUCUUGAUCAAAGCUCUCAUGUUCCCUUAUAUUAGAUACAAGGUUGGUUCAGGCAAAACUGUGUCCUUUUGGUACGAUACCUGGCUACAUGUUGGCCCGUUGAUCAAAUAUUGUUACAGAGGACUUCAGUGCUUCCCCUCACUCAGGGAGCAUGCAACAGUUAGUGCAGUUCUGGUGGAAGGGCAAUGGCACUGGCCGAGGAGUUCGGACCCACAAGCUACUUGUAUUCGGGAUUUGGCCACAGCUCUCGAAUCUUCUAACCAGGACAGAGUCUUAUGGACCCCUCAGAAAUCUGGGCAAUUCUCUAUUGCAAAUGCCUGGCAGUGUCUUAGAUCGAGAGGCCCUAAAGUGGAAUGGGGAAGUGCAAUAUGGUUUGAUGGACAUUUUCCUCGCUCUUCUUUUAUUAGCUGGCUCAGUGUUCAUAAUAAACUAGCUACUAAAGACCGGCUAUCAAAAUGGGGGAUUCAGCUUGCGUCAACUGAGUGCGAAUUUUGCAGUGGGCAUUCUUCUUCCUUCAGAUGCAUCUCUCCCACCGUGUCUUUAGAUCUCAUGCAUAUCGUCUGCACCCUGCUGGCUGCUGCUGAUUUCGCUUCUGGGAUUUGGAUUUUGCGGUGUGCUGAUUCGUUUCUAAUGGACUGGAGCUUCAAUGGGGAUCAGGAGUGGUACUUCUUACCAUUGCAAUACUUGUUUAUACUCUCCAAGGUUUAG